GGCCCGCGGACGUGCAACAAGUUAAGAGGCCGCCGCCGUCGACGUCGCUGUCGCCGCCAGCCUUCUCGACAGCACGAUGUGACAUGGAUAUCCUCGCCGUAGCCUGCGCCCUCGUCGCGACGGCACUCUACUGCAACACCCUGCAAGCGGGUUUCGUCUACGAUGACCGAAGAGCCAUCCUGACAAAUCCCGACCUACUGGCGAGCACACCUUGGUACCGAUUGUUCGAGAAUGACUUCUGGGGAACACCGCUGACGGAACGUGGCUCACAUGGAAGCUAUCGACCGCUCUGUGUGGCCACCUUUCGUCUGAACCAUUUUCUAGGUGGUCUCGAACCCUGGGGCUACCAUCUGGUGAACGUGGCAUUACACGCCGCCUGUACCGUUCUCGUGGUCAAGGUCGCCAGAAAGGUCCUACCAGGAAGGAGCAAUCUCGCGCACGCGAUCACAGGUUUCCUGUUUGCGGUUCAUCCCAUUCACAGUGAAGCUGUGGCUGGUAUAGUCGGACGUGCCGACCUUCUUGCCUGUUUCCUGACCUUGAUAUCUUUCUUGACGUAUUCAGCCCAUUGUAAUCGCACGAGACCGUCGUUUCCUUUGCUGCUGGCCCUAGUGUCGUCGACGUUGGCUACCCUUGCCAAGGAAACGGGCAUAUCGUCCUUGGCUCUCUGUCUUCUGUGGGAGCUCUGUCGUGGCGAGCCAAGUCGAAAGGGCAACUGCAGCGUGUUCACUCGGGGUCGUAGUGUCGGUAUUCUGUCGGGCGGUCUCGCGCUGCUCGCGCUGGGUCGGCUUAAGCUUGCCGGCAGCAGACCGGAAUUCGCGAGCGCGGACAAUCCGACAGCGAGGCAUCCGUCGCGACUAACGCGCAGUCUGACGUUCCUAUAUCUCCCGGCGGCCAGCGCGAGAAUGUUACUGUGUCCGAGCACGCUCAGCUUCGACUGGUCGAUGGACGCCGUGCCGCGCAUAACGAGCCCAUUCGAUCUACGGAAUCUUGAGUCUGUGUGUCUGUACGCCGUUCUAAUUGGCGCGGCAUUCUGGGCAGUUAGAGGUUUGCGACGACCAUGCCGGGACUCGACGAUAGGCCUAUUUCAACAAACGUACCCACGAUCGGCAUCAUCCAGGUGUCCCGUGUGCGCCGGCAGGCGCAUCGGCGGUUGCCAUACGGACGGCUGUCGGGCGGCAAACAACAAUAACAACAGUCCGUUCGGCGAUUGUCAUUGUGCCAAGAGACCAAACAGUAAUGCCGGCGUGAAUGGUGUUAACGUCGGCAGCCGACAAACAACGGCCACUGCCGUUGCCAUCUCCCUGGGCUUCCUUGUAUUUCCGUUCCUGCCGGCGAGCAAUCUUUUCUUCUACGUGGGCUUCGUCAUAGCCGAGAGGAUACUGUACCUGCCCAGCGUGGGCGCCUGUUUAGCGGUCGGUGCCGCGGUAUCCGGAUGUUACCGGAUAGCAAGAAGAAACGGGUCCAGAACACGUGGCAGAGCGGUGCUGUUAGGAACGGCGAUUCUCAUCGGCAUGUUGUCAGCGAAAACACUCGUGAGAAAUGCCGACUGGAGGGACGAGGAGAGCUUGUAUAGAUCCGCGCUGCACGUCAAUCCUCCGAAAGCUUAUGGAAAUUUGGGCAGCAUUCUCAGCGAGCAGGGGCGAGUAACCGAAGCGGAAGAAGCGUUCGUUCAAGCUCUUCGCUAUCGACCGAACAUGGCAGAUGUGCACUAUAAUUUGGGCAUCUUACAACAAGGCAGAAAGAAUUACGACGAGGCGAUUUUGAGUUAUCAACGAGCCAUUCAUUUCCGACCUUCGUUAGCUC